AUGGUUGAGGCUGUGUGUGUGCGCGUCUCUCGGUACAGAUGCUGAAGGGUGAUUUCUCUUCUCUGUGACUCACAGCGUUGUGGAUUUGACAUGAUCGUCUGGUUCAGAGUAAUGGAGCGGAUCACCAUGUAGACAGCAGCCGUCGGGAAGCAGGUAGAAUGGGAAACCACGUAUGGAGAGCCGCCGGUCUGCAGCCGUGGUGAGCGGAGACAUCCUCAGGACUUCAGCCGGGAUCUCGCGGAUGGCUGUCGCGUUCCCGCUCACGUAACGCCGAGGAGCCUCUCGUCAACUGCGGACAGCGGACAGGAUCUGUUUUCUUCUUCAUCCUCUUCUCUCACCUGCUGUUCUCUCCUGCAUUGCUCUCGUUUUUUUAGACACCUGUUCUCCAGCCGCACCAGGGACUCCUUCUCUGCCCCGUGCGGCGUUUUCUCCAUUUUUCCUAUCCGCUUUGAAGAAAAGCUACCAAGCAAUACUCAGCCACCAUGGGGGACAUGACAAACAGCGAUUUUUACACCAAGAACCAAAGAAACGACAGCAACCAUGCGGGGGGAUUUGGAUGCUCGCUCAUGGAGCUGCGUUCCCUCAUGGAGCUCAGAGGAACGGAGGCGGUGGUCAAAAUUCAGGAGGACUACGGAGGUGUUGAGGGACUGUGCCAGAGGCUGAAAACCUCGCCGACAGAGGGUUUGGAUGGAGUUACCACAGAUCUAGAUAAAAGAAAAGAAGUCUUCGGGCAAAAUCUUAUACCUCCAAAGAAGCCAAAAACUUUUUUACAGUUAGUGUGGGAAGCAUUACAAGACGUGACCCUCAUUAUCCUGGAGAUUGCAGCGCUGAUCUCUCUGGGACUGUCCUUUUAUCAGCCGCCUGGAGAGGGCAGCGAGUCCUGUGGGACGGCGAAUGCGGGUGCGGAGGACGAGGGGGAGGCGGAGGCCGGUUGGAUCGAGGGGGCUGCUAUCUUACUCUCAGUGGUCUGUGUUGUUCUGGUCACGGCCUUCAAUGACUGGAGCAAGGAGAAACAGUUCAGGGGUUUACAGAGCCGCAUCGAACAGGAACAGAAAUUCCAGGUGGUGCGAGGAGGGCAGGUCAUCCAACUUCCUGUGGCAGAUAUUUUGGUUGGCGAUAUUGCACAAAUCAAGUAUGGUGACCUGCUUCCAACUGAUGGGGUCUUGAUACAAGGCAAUGAUGUGAAGAUUGAUGAGAGUUCUCUGACAGGGGAAUCUGACCAUGUGCGCAAAUCUGCAGAUAAAGACCCCAUGCUUCUCUCUGGCACCCAUGUGAUGGAGGGCUCAGGUCGAAUGCUGGUCACGGCUGUCGGAGUGAACUCUCAGACUGGGAUCAUCUUCACUUUGCUCGGUGCUGGAGGAGAGGAGGAAGAGAAAAAAGAGAAGAAAGGUCAGGCUCUGGAGGAUGGCCAUCAGCUGGCAGACUGCUCCCAUCCCUCCUCACACCCCAUCGCAACUAUAGCUACCGAUGGUGCGGCAAGCGCAAAUGCCCCUGGUAAUACCAGCCUAGUCAAUGGUAAAAUGCAGGAUGGAAAUAUGGAGAACAACCAGACCAAAGUGAAGAAGCAGGACGGUGCUGCAGCAAUGGAGAUGCAGCCCUUGAAGAGCGCAGAGGGCGGAGAGGCCGAUGACAAAGAGAAGAAGAAAGCCAAUGUCUCCAAGAAAGAGAAAUCCGUUCUGCAGGGAAAACUGACCAAGCUGGCCGUGCAGAUCGGCAAAGCAGGUUUGGUGAUGUCUGCCAUUACAGUCAUCAUCCUGGUGCUUUACUUUGCAAUCGAUAACUUUGUGCUUCUGAAGAGGCCGUGGCUGCCGGAGUGUACGCCGAUCUACAUUCAGUAUUUUGUCAAAUUCUUCAUCAUUGGCGUUACAGUGCUGGUGGUGGCUGUUCCUGAAGGCCUUCCGCUGGCUGUCACCAUCUCUCUGGCCUACUCGGUGAAGAAAAUGAUGAAGGAUAACAAUUUGGUACGCCAUCUGGAUGCUUGUGAGACCAUGGGCAAUGCCACAGCUAUCUGCUCAGACAAGACUGGCACACUGACCACCAACCGAAUGACAGCAGUGCAAUGCUAUGUGGGCGAUGUCCACUACAAGGAGAUACCAGACCCCAGCUCCAUCCCACCCAAAACUCUGGAAAUACUGGUCAACGCUAUAUCCCUCAACAGCGCCUACACUACUAAAAUACUGCCUCCAGAUAAGGAAGGAGGUCUUCCCAAACAAGUGGGCAACAAAACCGAGUGCGGCCUGCUGGGUCUGGUCCUGGACCUGAAACGAGACUACCAGACCAUCCGGAACCAGAUCCCAGAGGAGAAACUCUACAAGGUGUACACCUUCAACUCCGUGCGGAAGUCCAUGAGCACCGUCAUCAAGCUUCCAGACGGCAGCUUCAGAAUGUACAGCAAAGGAGCGUCCGAAAUCGUCCUUAAAAAGUGUAGUGUCAUUCUGAACGAGACGGGCGAACCCCGCGUCUUCAGACCGAGGGACAGGGACGAGAUGGUGAAGAAAGUAAUCGAACCCAUGGCCUGCAAUGGGCUCAGAACCAUCUGCGUGGCCUACCGCGACUUUCCUGCAGACCCGGAGCCCAACUGGGAGGACGAGAACAACAUUUUGACUGAGCUGACCGCAAUAUGUGUUGUUGGAAUUGAGGAUCCUGUCAGACCUGAGGUGCCCGACGCCAUCCUGAAAUGCCAGCGUGCUGGAAUCACUGUGCGUAUGGUGACAGGAGACAACAUCAACACGGCACGAGCCAUCGCUAUCAAAUGUGGCAUCAUCCACCCCGGAGAAGACUUCCUGUGCAUCGACGGGAAGGAGUUCAACAGGAGGAUCAGGAAUGAGAAGGGAGAGGUUGAGCAGGAGCGCAUUGAUAAAGUGUGGCCUAAACUGCGAGUGCUUGCCAGAUCCUCACCGACGGACAAACACACGCUGGUCAAAGGUAUUAUUGACAGCACUCUGGUGGACCAGCGGCAGGUGGUUGCUGUAACUGGGGAUGGAACCAACGAUGGACCGGCCCUCAAGAAGGCAGAUGUCGGCUUUGCCAUGGGAAUCGCAGGGACAGAUGUGGCCAAAGAGGCGUCUGACAUCAUCCUGACGGAUGAUAACUUCUCCAGCAUCGUGAAGGCCGUGAUGUGGGGACGCAAUGUCUACGACAGCAUCUCGAAGUUCCUCCAGUUCCAGCUGACCGUUAACGUGGUGGCUGUGAUUGUUGCCUUUACCGGAGCCUGUAUAACCCAGGAUUCUCCUCUGAAAGCAGUGCAGAUGUUGUGGGUGAACCUGAUCAUGGACACGUUUGCAUCUCUGGCUCUGGCCACUGAACCGCCCAACGAGGCUCUGUUGAUGAGGAAACCCUACGGCCGAAACAAACCCCUGAUCUCCAGCACCAUGACCAAGAACAUCCUGGGCCAUGGCGUGUACCAGCUCAUCAUCAUCUUCACACUGCUGUUUGUGGGCGAGCAGAUCUUUGACAUUGACAGUGGCAGGAACGCGCCGCUGCAUUCUCCUCCAUCUGAGCACUACACCAUCAUCUUCAACACCUUCGUCAUGAUGCAGCUCUUCAACGAGAUCAACGCACGCAAGAUCCAUGGAGAGAGGAACGUGUUUGACGGCAUUUUCAGAAACCCCAUCUUCUGCUCCAUUGUUCUGGGCACUUUCGCCAUUCAGAUCGUGAUUGUUCAGUUUGGAGGGAAACGCUUCCGUGUACAACAUCUGUUGCUAUCAGGGGUUCUAAUAUCCAUACACGUGUGUCCUGCUCUGGGUCAGGUUAUCUCAACAAUCCCAAACAGCAAGCUGAGGUUCCUCAGAGGGGCUGGUCAGCUGUCAAAGAAGGAUGAAAUGCACGAGGAGGAGAUGAACGAGGACCAGGAGGAGAUCGAUCACGCUGAGAGGGAGCUGCGGCGAGGGCAGAUCCUCUGGUUCAGAGGCCUCAACAGAAUCCAGACUCAGAUACGUGUUGUGAACGCAUUUCGUAGCUCCCUCUACGAAGGCUUGGAAAAACCCGAAUCCAGAACCUCCAUCCACAAUUUCAUGACUCAUCCAGAGUUUAGAAUAGAGGACUCCACACCUCACAUUCCUCUCAUAGACGACACCGACAUUGAUGACGAGGCAGCCAGGAAGAACUCCAGUCAGCCCUCAUCUCCCAACAAGAACAACAACGCCAUCGACAGUGGCAUAAACCUGACGACCAACAUGAGUAAAUCUGCUGCUUCCUCCAGUCCCGGGAGCCCGCUUCAUAGUCUGGAGACAUCACUUUAGCCACCUCGCGUGGGAGACCGCUCAAGAAUCAUCUUAGACUCUACGUUUAAAAGCGCUCCGGAGUGCACACGAACGCGGAUCGUGUACUGUUGACUGUAUGUGUGGUCGCGCCACAUUCUUUUAUCGAACGCAUGAACGACGACUGACUCGGACGAUCGCGGAGCGUCUCGAGAAACAAUACAAGAGCGCAAGCGCACCGCUCCCACUUCCUGAGGAAACGACUACGAGUAAUUUAAAUCGAAUUCAGCUAUUAUCGUUGCUCCUGCAUGAAUGUACAUUACCCAGGUUUUUAUUUGGAAACCUUUAUUUUUAUUUAAACGGUUUUGAUUUGAUUUGAUGGGAUGUGCAGUGGACUGCUAUUUUAAGACGGCUUCUCUGAUUCACUGAUCUGUGAGUAUUGUGUGUGGCAUGUAUCUAAUUGUAUAGAUUUAUUUGGUUAUUGAUUAAGGUGUAUCCAGGUCGCAGGACUCCGAACUUGCACAGUAGAUUUGCACCUGUCGGAAAAAGAGAAACCCAUUAGAAUUUAUUAAGCGUACAUAUAUAUUUAUUGACAUAUUAUAAAUAUAUAUUUACAGAUUUUAUCUUUAUUUGUUGGCAUGUUGCCUUGUUCUGCUUCAAUAACUACUUUAACUUAUUUAUGUCCUAAAGAGAAUGUAAUUUGUUUACAAACCUGUAGAUACAUCCUGGUUUCUUUGUAGGGUUUAAAACUUCUUUGUAGGGUUCGAAACCACGCAGCAGACAUAGUUGGAACAGCUCACGUUGUUCGGUACUCCUGUAAUAUCGGACUUUAGAUGUUUUAUUUCCAAUUGUGCGCUGGACUUGCCUGCUAUUCCGUCAAAUAAUGUAGAUAUUUUUAGAAGAUAACAAAAGAAACCAAAACAAGUGUCGGGAUCGACGGCUCCGAGCACCCCGAAAACAUCCAAUCGGUUUGGCUGGCUUCGAAGGUUUCGGCGAUGAACUUGUGGUCGGCAGAUAUAUCAGGUUGGAUUUAAAUAUCUUCUUUAGAAGUACAUACUAUUUAACAUAAAAUAGUUUCAGUUCCGUGUGACCAUCAGAAGCUGCGAUGGGUUUUAUGUUGGAAACAUGUAAACUAAGUUAUAUCUGGCAUCUCUGUAUGGAAAUCAAAAUUGUGUUCAAAUAUUGUGAUUUAUUGUGUUGAUUCUUCUUUUUGACAUUUAAUUUGUAUAUUUCUUUUGGUUAAAGGAAAUGAACCCAGCUGCUGAGCUGACGACACUUUGAACAACUGAAUUAUGAAUUAUCAUGUAACGAAACUAAAAGAAGGACUGUUGCUUUUGACUCUUUUCUUAAAAAAAAAAGAAAAACCCAAACCAACAACAAAAAAAAUAUCUAUAUAUCUAUAUAUACAUUUAUGAUCCUUUUCUGCACUAUCCGGAUAUGAAUGAAUUUCUGUGGUGUAAAUUUAGAUGUGCUUCUGUGUUCAAAUCAAGCUUGUCUUCCUGCAGUCAGUAAAUAUACUCUAGCAUCUCAACAGUAUUCACUAGUCGUUAACUAUUUAUUGUACUCUAGAAGCAAAAGGACAAACGGGGGUCUGUCGGAAGGCACACUUAUGAAGUCGCCCAUGUAUUCAUUUAUGUUCUUUGGAAUUGGAAAGGCAUGAUGUCAUACACUUAAUAUGCAACUCAUUUUUCUCCAUCGUUCUUAAAUUGAACUUUUUUGACAGUUUUACUCAUCAAGAUAAGGUGCACAAGCUUUAACUGUUAGCUCAGGCAUACUCAACGAGAGAAAUAUAUACGUAAAACAGACAGAUUUGUAUUUUUUUCCCCAGAAAUCGUUUGCCCUUUAUCAUGUUAAAGGUAUAGUUUACUCACCCUCACGCCGUUCCAAAAGCACCAUGAAAGCUUCAGAGAAGUGAGCCGCAUGACUUCUAUUCUUCUAAAGACAUAUGAAACAACAGAAGCAGAUUAAAAUAAAGGAAUUAUCUACAGAAAAUCACGACCUUCGUGAGAGAGCUAAUGAUGAACAAACUGAUCUUUUCAAUUGAUCGGCUGAUGGGUGAACUAUCCCUUUAACACGUCAAAGCCUCAUUCACAAUCAUUCUGUGCACUGACCAAAAGAAUCACCUCUGACACGUUGAAAGGCGCUGCAGGGGAGUUUGUCUGAAAUGUGCGUGGACUGCAAUGACUCCAGAAGAGAUCUUUUACGGUAUGACUGGCCACUUCAGUUGAAUUCAGUUUAGUUCUGCGCCCUGUGUUGACGGGCCUAAUAACGGAUGCAGUUUAAAAUGUUUAACCAAUAAACCAGAAGGAUGACAGCAUUCUAAUAAUCACGAAUAAUAUUUCUUGCAAUACAUCAGCUUCUAUGUACUGUACUUAGCAGCAUGCGUUUUGUGGAACAAAGAGCAUACGACGCCACAGGUACUUUUGGCGCACUAGCAAUUUAUGGGUAAAUGAAAAGUGUUCAUCCAUCUUGUUUUUAUGAAUUUUAUAAUCUAUACAAUAAUUGUAAAUAAAAAACUCAUUGUCUUUGUUCAUUUAAUACUAUGCAAAAAGCUUUCUGAUUGUUUCUCAUCUACCCUAGAGUGUGUUGCUGGAAUGUUCGUGGUCUCCAAGUCAGUGAAACUACAACAACAACAAAAAAAUUGUGAUGUAAAUGAUUUUCUAGCCUGAGAACAUGAACUGACUCUUGUUGCUUCACUGUCCAUACCACGAUUCCAGACAGGAGCGCAAGUGAUACAAAUGAAAUGAAGGAAAAAAUGACAA